GUUUUGAAGGAAAUGUGAAAAUUAUUCAUCGCCAUUUAUUGGUUUCGCGGAUUGUUGGCUGGUCCAGGUUGAAUUGAAUUUUAAAUUGAUUUCUCGGUUCGAAAAACGCCGCAAGUUGAUCGGACGAAAUGUCCGACGAAGUAGCUAAAGCUCACGCUGCGGAUGCCGCCGCUGAGGACACUAUUUUCGGUAAAAUCCUACGCAAAGAAAUCCCAUGCAACUUCAUUUACGAGGACGAUAAGUGCGUUGCCUUUCAUGAUAUAAGCGCCCAGGCCCCAACUCACUUCCUGGUUAUUCCGAGGAAAGCGAUCCCGCAGCUUUCGAAGGCAACCGAUGAAGACGAAGCCCUGCUAGGACAUCUGAUGUUGGUCGGUAAAAAAGUGGCCGCCCAGCUAGGACUCGACGAUGGGUUCCGUGUCGUAAUCAACGAUGGUAAAAAUGGAGCUCAAUCGGUUUAUCAUUUGCAUCUGCAUUUCCUAGGAGGCCGCCAGAUGAAGUGGCCACCCGGCUAAGUUUAUUAACCCGGUUGAAAAACUUGUUCUUUCAUAAUAAAUCUUAUUGAUUUGAGGAA